AUGAACUGGACCAAGGAGGAAGGCUGUAAAGAUAUAGUUGCAGAAGAAGAUGCAAGAUGGAAACAAAGGGCUAAAGUCCAUUGGUUGACACAUGGAGAUAGGAAUACCAAAUUCUAUCACACUUGUGUCAAUCAAAGGAGAAAGAAGAACUCUAUAAAACAGAUUGUAGAUGGAGAAGGGAGAGUGUUAAGUUCAAAGGAGGAGGUGGUAUCGGGGUUCAGGCAUCAUUUCAACAAGGUCUAUCAAUCCUCUAACCCUACUAAAAGGUCUAUCCAACACUGUCUAAGUGGUGUAGAACACAGGAUCUCAAGGGGCAAGAGUGAACUAUUGGACAAGGAAUUUUCCUCUGAAGAGGAAGUUGUUGCUCUCAAACAAAUGUCACCCUUUAAGUCACCUGGGCCAGAUGGAUUCACUGUUGGCUUCUACCAAGACCAUUGGGAUAUAGUUGGUUCUGAUGUGGUCAAAGCAGUCCUAGAAUUUUUCAGAACUGGUGAAAUGCCUGUAGGAUUGAAUCACACACUCAUAGCCCUAAUCCCUAAGAUAAACUCCCCCAAAUCAGUUAAUGGCCAAUCAGUCUCUGUAAUGUGUGAAGGCCUGAGUACCCUUCUGCAACAAGCUGAAGUAAGAGGCCUCAUCAAAGGUGUAGCUGUUACAAGGGGAGGAAAAAGAAUCAACCACCUCUUGUUUGCUGAUGACUGUGUAAUGUUUUGCAGGUCAAAGAUAGAGGAAUGGUCCAUCAUUGUUCAUUUGUUAAAAAUUUAUGAAGAAGCAUCUGGACAGACCCUGAAUAGGCAGAAAACAUCCAUUCUUUUUAGCUCAAACACUAAUGCAGCAGUGAGAGAGAGCAUUUCCCAACAAGCUGAAGGUGUAAUAUGUGAUAGCUAUAACAAAUACCUGGGUUUGCCCACCACGGUAGGAAAGUCCAAGCAUAACACUUCCAGAGGCCUAAAAGAAAAGAUAUGGAAAAGGAUCAACAGCUGGAAGACCUCCUUUCAAUCUUCUGCAGGGAAGGAAAUCAUGAUCAAGAGUGUACUACAAGCAUACCAACAUAUACAAUGA